AUGGAUGAGAACUGGUAUUAUGCUUGUAGUCUGGAUAGAAAGAAAGUUGGUUUGAUUCCCCGCAACUUCAUUGACAUUCGCGUCGACGUUGUCAAUUCCAGUAACUUCAAAUAUUCUAGUGCGAAUCCUGAGAUACCCAGCCGGCCUGCUGAGACUGAAAUCCCCCAGACACAAACUGUUGAAAAGGCACUAAAACUUCGAGAACCUUCUGAUGUCUUCUGCAAAGUUCUGCAGGAAUUCGAAUCACAAACCGAUGAGGAUCUCAGUGCAAAGCUCGAUGAAAUCAUCUUGUGGGUAGAUGAAGAGGCGGAAAAGGGAAGGCUCAUCCCGGAGGAUUGGAUAAAGUGCAUGAACCUCGCAGGAAAAGUUGGAACUUUUCCUGGUAACCUUGUGGUAGCUUUAACUUCAGACGCUGAAAUCGAUGAAGCUUUGACAAGAUCACCACACGCCAUUGCGCUCAAGGAAUUCACCUCUAAUGAAGACGACUUGGUCCCAGUAAAUUUCGGUGAGGCUGUUUUCAUUGACAAGGUUGCAGAUGGAUUUAUCUUUGGACGAACAGCAAGUGGACAUAUCGGGAAAAUUCCCCUUGAAAUUUGCAAAAUGGCAGGAUCAGCAUUCUGA